UAUGAGCUCCGCUCUGCUUUAAGAAAUUGAUCCAUCGUCAUCAAGGAUAUUGAAACCAUGAGCAGKCAAAAAUCUUCUCCCGUCAAGGGAAGUUUGAAGGACGAACUUUCCAGCACCAGCAGUGCGAACACAACGAAUGAUCAGAAUCUAAAGAUGGGAUCCAAAAUAAUGUGCUCUGUCCUAAAUGUUGUUAUUGACCAUACGAUGGAACAAAUCACAGCCAUGGAAGCUGAGGAAUGGAGCGUCAAGAAGAAUAUACCCAUUAGAAAUGGUGAUAGCGAUACCAGGGAGGAGAAGGAAGAACAUGACUCGAAGAAGCAAAAUGACGCAUCUCUCCUUGUACCAGUUAUUCGGAUAUUUGGGCCUCUUCUGCGUGAUCCGCAUAGCCAACCACUGCAAUCGGCUUGCUUGUACAUUCACGGCGCAUUUCCAUAUAUWUUGGCACGGCCGGUACUAGCGGGUCCCGAUGGAAGUAUUUAUCCAAAUCCAUGUACGACCAYACACGUCAAUUGGGACAAUCGGGAUGAAGUCGAGGCCAUUCAGGCGGAGAUUCAGGCAACACUGGAAGAAACAUUGCAGUCAUCCUUCUCAUACGAUUCGUCGAAGGAGGAAGGUGACCAUUCAGACAAAGACAAUAGACUAGGAAUGGUUCAGUGCUCCGUAAUACGGAAGGUCACGGUCGUCGAAGGAAGAGGCUUUUAUACGUUUUGUCCUGGGCCGUCGACUUCAUUUUUGCGCAUUGGUAAGUUCCUGCUUGAUUUUCUCGAAUUGGAGUGUUUCUAGUUUAUUUUUCAAGCCCUUCURACGCCAAUAAUCCAAAACCAUUCCUGCAGAAUAUUAUGAUCCGAAACUGAGAUGGAAGGUCAAAUUAACGAUGGAACGUGGUCUGCAGUUGCCAAGGCGAUAUCACCCCGAUUUGAGAAGAUACGAUCGACCCCCUAAUACCAUUGACGACGAAGCAAACGAUUUGUUGCGAUUCAACUGUUAUGAAGCACACAUUCCCUACACCAUGCAAUUUUUCAAAGAUCACAAUUUGGCUGGAAUGACGUAUAUACAUAUUAGAAAUGGAAAAAUACGAGGAAAUCUGCCGAAGCGAUAUUAUCCCCGUAAUAAGGAACUCCACCCAGAUUGCACUGACCGGACUGGAGACAAUGUGAGGGGUUAUCAAGAUGUAUUUCUUCAAACCAACACACACUCGAAAUUCUUKUGGCCUGAAUCUUCGAAAUCUGACAAUGUCCACGACAGGACGAAGAAGGCGAGACCACGUACGAAGCGUCACGGCCAAACUCUUCUGGACGAAGACUUUUCCUCGUUUUGUCAUCUCCAAUCUGACUAUUCUCCSCCUCGAAAAAAUUCAAGUUGUGACGUGGAGAUAGAUUGCAGUGUCAACGACAUUCAGAAUAUAGACAACAUCAUGACUAGUCUACCAUCGAAUCAAGAGGAACGUGACAGGAUUCAAUGGAGAGCUGUUCCAAGUCUCCAAGAGAUUUGGAGAGAAGAGCGAGCACGCAUGAAGAAGUUGCUCUCGCCUGAACUUACACAGGAAAUUGUUGGCGAUGCAAUCUUAAAGAAGGCGUUCGCAGAUGGGAAUAGCAAGAGUCCGGAACCUACGGCAUUUACCUUGGAUGUAAAGAAGAGUGCGUCAAGGUCCGGAACGAAAUUAGCUGUCAAGGGUAUGUGGUCACURGUCAACGUUUCGGUGGGUUUACAGGAGAACUUUAUUAGAUCGCUUGUCGACAUUCUGGAGCGACACAAGGAGAGCAUCGAGAGAGCAGACCAAGGAUUAAAAGAAGGGCGUACAGAAAGAAUUGCUGCGCAUACCUCAGAACAAAAAUUGGUGCYGAACUCACCGAUGUUGAAAGACAAAACAACGGAAUUUCUGCUUCAAUUGGCGACGCCAAGCUGUAAUCGAGAACAGCUUCCCAAUGCAGGCAGACGUUCAACGCCUCCAACUAUGAAGGAAGCCAUCAGUGCACUAAAGGCACUUGGUGCAAGUAAUCACGACAAUUAUUACAAGUCUCCUGUGUCGCACCAACCUCUGGAUUCUGAUACUAUGACGACACUCCGCUCGGUGCCUACACCCAAUACAUCAAGAUCAAAAGACAYCUCGCUAACCCAGCGAAGCUCCGUUCAUAAACGUUCUUAUUAUGAGUCCCCCUUGCAAACAAGAGCAGGCAAAGAMGAUACUUAUCAGUGCGAAGUAACGAAGACACUAAAUGAUCCCGAUUUAUUGGUGAMACGCAAGUCAGGGGACGUGUAUUCCCAAUCCACCAAAGRUGUUCGUUUGUUUGUCGAACCUUCGCAACCAGGCCGCUCAAUGUUUGAAGUAGACGACGAAGUAAAUUAUACUCAAGACG